UCUUUUUUCUUUCCUUCCUAAAAUUCCCCAUCUAUCCAAAGUCCAAACACUCCCUACUUUCUCUUUCUAACAAUUUUAUUUAAUAAAUAAUUUAAUAUCUAGUUUUUCCGAUGGGAGAAGUAAACGGAGACUUUGACGGCAGAAUCACCAUGGAGGAAUUAGAAGAAGAUGAAAGAGUUCAUGAAUGGGAAUUAGGUUUACCUAACGUCGACGACAUAGCACCGUUAACUCAAGGCUUAAUUCCGUUAGAACUUUUAACGGCGUUCAAUAUCAAGCUGGAACCUUGCCGAACUUCCAGCGAAGUAACACAAGCUUCGGAGGAUACUAUCGCUCUUCUCCGUGGGACGAGUUUUUCCGGUGAAAAUGACGACAAAUCGGAGACGAAGAAACAGCGUCGUAAUGACUCGCCAGAAGAUGCUGACUCAGCUGCGGCGGAUACGGCAGCAGAUAACGGCGGUGAAGGUGGUAGUGGGGGAGGAGAGAAGGCGGUGAAGAGAACGAGAUUGGUAUGGUCGCCACAAUUGCAUAAGAGAUUUGUGGAUGUGGUGACUCAUUUAGGGAUAAAAAGUGCGGUGCCAAAGACGAUUAUGCAGCUGAUGAAUGUGGAAGGAUUAACUAGAGAGAAUGUUGCGAGUCAUUUGCAGAAGUAUAGACUUUAUUUGAAGAGGAUGCAAGGAGAUAGUUUUGAUGGAGGCUCGAAUUCCUCAUCCGAAAAUGGUAAUGGAAAUGAGAAUGGAGGGGUUUCAGUACCGGUUAUGCAACCAGUACCGAUACCUAUGAUGGGCAUGGGAAUGAUGAAUUGUACUGGAUUUGAUCAUAAUCAUAAUUAUAAUUAUAAUCAGCAGAAUAAUGGUCAUUAUAAUAAUAACAACAAUAAUGGAUUUCAUCAGUAUAGUAACGGAAAUAAGUAUGGGUCUGUUGUAUCUUACCAUCAUCAUCCUUCUCAUGUUGGUCCGAGUGGUGACAAUUGAAAAUCUUGGAUGAUGAAUUAUAUUUUUGAGAAAGAUUGAGUAGUUGAACCGUUGGAAAAGGUAAUCCCGAGAACAGGAACAGUUCACACAAACGGCAUGGGAUUGUAUGUGGAAGACGUCCGCCUGCAAUGUAUGGACAAUUCGUGUUUAAGUCUGUAGAAGUCAGAAAACCUGCUGUCUGGUGUAUUACUUUCUACUUCCAUAAAUGUGUAGAGGAAAGAUUUCUGGCAUGAUUUAUCUAGGCUAAUUUAUACUUCUAUAGAUAUAAAUACCACACCGGCUCAAGAAUACGUUUGUAAUAAUAUGUUCUUGAGCUCAAUGUACAAUUGAUUAUAAGCAUAACAUUGUAUGUUCCUUUUCAGUUGUCAAGUUGAAGCAAAACAACAAAUGAUGAACAACAUAAUAUCUUACCACUCUGCUGUGUUCUGCCUA